AAAUGCUUCUCUGAUGUAGCACCAGAAUUUCACUCAACAGAAAUGUUGAUGACCCUUGUUAGGGUUAGUGUUAUCUUCAUGUUCCUCCUUCUCAUCACAACAAGUGCUCAAGCACCACUUUACAUGAACAGUUUUUGUGACAACUCAAGCGGUGUUAGCCCUUCAUACAAAGCCAACGUUGACACCCUUCUCUCAUGGCUAUCCACAGACUCAUACAAAGGCGAUGGAUACAACUACACAACCGUGAAUAGCAACAACCUCAACACUGAUGAUGCUGUUUAUGGAUCGUACAGCUGCAGAUACGACAUGACAGGGUACUUUUGCCAGUUCUGCAUCACCACUGCUGCCAAUGAACUCUCUCGAAGGUGUUCCAACAGUGUAAGAGCUAUCAUAUGGUAUGAUAUAUGCAUCAUCCGUUACUCAAACCAAAGUUUCCUUGGCAAAGUUAUUUUAUCUCCAAUAUGGAAUACUACCGGAACCACAAAAAUCAAGGACUCAUCAGAAAUUAAGAAAGCUGAGGAUUCCGUGGAGAGUUUGAUUAGAAAAGCAACUGUAGAGAUGAAAACAUUUUGGGCAGUGGAUGAGUUUGAUUGGGUUGACAAUGAGAAAAGAUAUGGUUGGGUGCAGUGUGACAGAGGUAUUCAAAAUGAUCAGUGUGAUGAGUGCUUGCAUUCACUGUUAGAGAUAUUUCCUCAGUGUUGUUCCACAAAUGUACAGUGGGCAGUUUUUGGUCCAAGCUGUGGCAUGAGGAUGGAUGAUCAAAAAUUCUACCAGAGUUCAGCCAAUGGAGGUAGUAAGUCAAGAAAGUUGAUAAUUUCCUUUAGUGUGUUGGGGUCUGUUUCUGUACUAUGUUUCGGUGUCUACUGCUUCUGGUACAGGAAAAGAGUCAGAAAAGAUAAGGUUAUGUUUGAUGAGGAAAAUUUGAAUGGAGAUCUGCCUUCUAUUCCAUUAAUCGCAGUUCUACAUGGUACUAAUAACUUUUCAGAAGCAUCUAAAUUAGGAGAAGGUGGAUUUGGCCCUGUUUAUAAGGGAAUUCUACCAGAUGGAAGAGAAAUAGCAGUGAAAAGGCUCUCACAAUUUUCUGGUCAGGGCUCACAGGAGUUCAAGAAUGAAGUAACGUUUAUAGCUAAAUUGCAACAUCGUAACCUUGUGAGACUUUUGGGGUGCUGUUUGGANGAAAAUGAGAAGAUACUUGUAUAUGAGUAUAUGUGUAAUGCAAGNCUCGACUUUCACCUCUUUGGUGAUGAAGAGAAGAGAAGGCAACUUGAUUGGAAACUAAGAUUAAGUAUUAUCAAUGGAAUAGCAAAAGGUAUUUUAUAUCUGCAUGAGGACUCUCGACUCAAAGUAAUUCACAGAGAUCUCAAAGCUAGCAAUGUUCUAUUAGACCAUGAGAUGAAUCCCAAGAUAUCAGAUUUUGGAUUGGCCAGAGCCUUUGAAAUAGGACAGAACCAAGCAAAGACAAAACGAGUUGUGGGCACCUAUGGAUACAUGGCUCCCGAAUAUGCUAUGGAAGGAUUGUUUUCUGUGAAAUCGGAUGUUUUCAGCUUUGGAGUUAUUGUCCUAGAAAUCAUUUCUGGAAGAAAGAACAGUGGAUUUCAUCUAUCAGAACAUGGUCAAAGUCUUCUUUUAUAUGCUUGGAGCAUAUGGUGUGCAGGAAAAUGUUUGGAAUUGAUGGAUCCAACACUGAUAAAAUCAUUCAGAACAAGUGAAGUUGUCAAGUGCUUACACAUUGGUUUGCUGUGUGUUCAACAAGAUGCAGGAGAUAGACCAACCAUGUCUACAGUUGUUCUAAUGCUAGGAAGUGACACAAUGGCCCUUCCAAAACCCAACCACCCUGCAUUUUCUGUUGGAAAAUUGACCUGUAAAGAAGCAUCAACUUCAAGAAGUUCCAAGAAUCUUUCUAUUAAUGAUGUAACAGUCUCAACUGAUUUAGUAAGGUAAUAGGGAAUAUUUUGGGUUACUGAGAAGUAUGUAUUCUUCCUAUUUAAAACCGUAACAUUAAUAACACAAAGAUACAUGAAU